AUGCAGAAAAUAGCUGAAGAACAUAGAGCUGGCGAGAAUGAGAAUACCUGCCCAUGUCAAGAUAAUAUCGAUUAUGUCGACUUAUUCAAGCUUUCAAUCCCUGGUAGUGCCUUUGGAAUAACGGAAGACAAAACCAUCAGAAGUGAAGUCAAUGCUUCUCUGCUUAAGUUUGCCAGAAUGGUAAAAUCUGCUUACAACAAGGCAAAUGGGGGACACAAGAGGAAGGAACUUGAUUCCUGUAUAAGACGAUUUCACCUACUUGAGGGUAUGACCAUUUCUGUAAAAGAGUUGCAAAGAGAAAAUGAGAACAUUUGUGAUGAACUUGAAAAGUGGAAACAAAGUUACCAGGAUCUUCAUGAGGAGAAAGAAAAGCUUUAUCUGGAGAUCGUUUCUGCUAUCCAAGAGAGUGAGGAAAUUAAAAAUUUAAAUGAAGUAAACAAGGAACUGUUAGAUUAUAUGGACUGUCUUGAACAAAAGCACAAUUUUAAAAAUCAAGGCAAAGAUGUUGCCCAUGUUGCCAAAAAAUCAAGAACUCUAAAUACUUUCAUGUCUCAAACAAAACUUGCACUAUGGUUUAUGAAAUCAUUUGGCCUAGAGUUGACAGAGUUGAAAGCUAGAGAACAACAAACAGGGAUAGUAUUGUCUUUCUGUUGA